UAUAUUUUGUUUUAUUUUAUAACUUUCUGAUGUAUAAUUAAUUUUGCAAACUCAUCUAAGUUUUACAGUCUGUGGUAGGAUUUUCGCAUGUAUCCUCGUAGUUGUCCAGCAACAGAUGAUUUAUGGAAUUACUAAAUCGGAUAUGUACACGUGUGAAGAUAUUCAAAAUGUUUAUUUAAAUGUGAAACUGUCGAAAUACAAAAAACUAAUGGAUAGUAAGGAAACACUAAGCACGGUCGAAGCCAAACGUCAUGUCUCAUAUUGUAGAAACUUGCUGGAGAAAAGUAGAACGAGAAUAUGGAGAAUAUUUAUUAAUAUGGAGUCAACCGGAAGGACAACAUUAUUUAUUUUGCGUAGUUUAUGGUACUAAGAAUAUAACCCUGCUCUCAAAAAUAAUUUGAAAUAUGGCACCUUUACGUUUAUACCAUUUGGAGCUGACGCCGUGGCAGCACUAAAUGUUUUACCAAGUCUGGCAACAAAUUAAGUUGUAGUGAAAAUUUAUUAAUUUGUGCAUAAACAGAGAAAAACGAAUCAAUUAUUUAGAAAAAUGGAUAAACGUUCUAAGGAAGCGUUACGGCGCUAUAAAAAGUCUAGACAGCAAUCUAGUUCUGACAGUUCUAGUAGCUCUGAUUCUGAUUCAUCAGGAAGCUCGUACUCAAGUUCAGAUAGUGAACGCCAUCGUCGUAAAAAGGCUCGACAGGCUGCUGGUAGUGCAUCUCGACGUUCAAGUAGCUCAUCUACUGAGGAACGGAGAAAGCGAGAAAAACGUGAACAUUGUCAGAAAAAACUUGAAGCAAAGCGCAUUCAUCUUAAACGUAAAUUAAAGGAAGCAAAAUUGAAGAAAAGAGCCGCUGCAGCAGCUGCGGCUUUGAGUGGACACAUCGGUCAUAGAUCACUUUCUCCUACAACUCAAGCAAAAUUAAAGAAACUCACAGAACGCAAACAUCAACGUGCAGCAAGUAAGGAAAGACGUGAACGGGAACGUGAGAAACAUCGUGCAGCGAUUGCUAGGGAAAGGGAGCGCGAACACCACCGCACAGGUUCUCGAUCUCCUACGAAAAUUACAAAAAUACGUAUUCACCAAGAUGUGAAACGCCAGAAAAGUCCACCUCGUAUGCAUCACACGAUGAUGUCUCGUGAGAAAAUUAUUAUUCAAACUCGUACACGAGAGCGUACGCCUUCUCCAACAGUGGAACGUCGCCAUGAACACAAAAUACGACAUGAAGAAUUGGUAAGAGAACGUGAAAGGCGCGAUCGUGAACGUGACCGAGCUGAACGUGAGGCGGCACGAGAUAAAGAACGAGCUGAAGCAUUGGCGCGUUGUCAAGAGCGUCAACGAGAAAGGGAACGUUUAGCUAGGGAAAAGCUUCGACAUGAGGAAGAGGAGAAAAAAUAUGGUGCAAUCGCAAGUGAACGUGGAGACCGUUUAUUGCCACGACCAGCAGAAAGGGAGUUAGCUAUUGCAGCAUCACGGGGAUAUAACAGCCGAGAGCGUUCUUUAGAAGCAAUUGAAAGAACACGUCAUAUGUCAAAACGUGAUUUAGAUGUCUACGAACGAGAACGGGAAUACAUAGAAGCUGAAAGGCGUAACUUAAUUAAUCGUGAAGAUAUCAGACGUGAUCGUGACUAUAUUCCCACGCGACGUCGUGAAUUGAGUCCUGUUGGUGAACAUUAUUCUGCUCGAUUGAGAGAUCCCCAUGAAGUGUACCCAGAUGAAAGUCGGGACAGGGCUUAUAAUCGUACAUAUAUUGAAGAUGGUCAUCACGGAAGGGAACGAGAAGCGCCCUGGCCUCGUGAAAUACGAGAACGGGAGUUACAUGAUAUUCGCGAUGUAAGAGAACAACGAGAUACCAGAGAUCCACGCGAUUUCAGAGAUAUGGAAAGUGAACUUAUUUAUCCGGAUGAAAGAGAGCGCCUAAUUCGAAAUAGGGAGCGCGUUCGUGAGGAAUGGAAAGGUGGAUGGGAUGUAGGCAGAGAACAAGAAUGGAAUGAUACACCCCCAAUAACUGGUCGCGGUGGCUUUAUAGGUGGACCGAAAAGGAAUGCUACCUUAAUCGGUGGGGCACCUAACCCAGGACCUUCAAAAAUAACACCACGUGAACAGCGAGCUCCCUCAGAGCCCGAUUGGGAUGCUGUUGAAGUACAGAAUAAUGCAGGAGCUAAUAUAAAUAAAAUAGAACCCUCACUUAUACGGGAUGGAACAAAUUUCGGCAUCGGCUCAGGACAACGGGAUACAUGGGGUACAAAUGAUCAUCAUGAUAUGCCGCCUCAAAGAGAAAAAGCUAUUCCACCACCACGUACAGAAGGUGUAGAUCGGCGUUGGCAAAAUGAUUGGCGCGAAGAUGAAGAUACGAUGCAAAGAGUUGCAUCUGGAAAUACUGGCGGUAAUAUUCCUUCAUCGCUGCAUCACCAUCGAAACGAGCGUGGUGGCAGAAAUUUUAGAAGAGGGGGUGGUGUAGGAGCACCUGAUCAUGGAGACCGCAAUGGGCAAGGGCUCCGAACUCAUCCACCACCAUUAAUGACAUUACCCGUUCAACCACCUGCAACAGGUUUUCUUGGUGGAAAUCCUAGAUUCCCCAAUAAAAGUAAAAUGACUUACACAAACCCGAAUAUAAUCAAAAAACAGCAUGCUGCUAUGGCAGCCGCAAAAGCUGCACAAGCCAGCGCUGUAGCAGCUGCAAGCACUGCAGUAGCAGCUGCUAAAGCUGCUGCACAAAGUGCAGCGAAUGCUACCACCAAUCCAAGUAUACUAGGACAGGCACAGGCCAGCAACACUGUACGUCAGCAACAUGAAACGUUUGUAAAUGACGACAAGCCGGAAGCUGGAGAGAUUUUACACGAUGCUGAUAGUAACAAAAAGUUGGAUAUGGGAGCUACAGCUAAAAAUAUUGAUAAUUUCUUAGCGCUGGGCAAUCCUACAGCGGAUGAUGAUCGAGCAGUUGGUGAACUAAGUGAAAUUAGUGAUAGUGACGAUGAUAUUCUUAAUAAAGGAGAUAAAAAAUCUAGAACUGAAACAGAUGAGGAUUCCACAAUAAAAGUUGAUGGUAUUUCUGAGCAGGAAGAUUUAACACGCAGUAACGAUGAUGCCGGAAUUGUGGAUGAGAAGCAUGAAGACGACGAAAUGCUUGAUUUCGAAGAAAUUUCAGAUGGAGAGUUGGAGGAAGAUUCGCGAAACAAAGGUGUAGGAGAUGCUUUAGGUGUCGACUGGGCCUCAUUAAUUGCUGAGACAAAACUUCAAGCUGAAAAUGCUGUACCCGGAGCUAAUGAACAACCGAAAACUGCAAAACAAAAGUGGCAACCGCACCGUAUAAUUCUUGACAUGGGAAUAUCAUUGUGUAUGGCAGGCGAGGAUUACGCCAAGAAACUGUUAUCUGAAUCAAGACAAAAAUUAAACGAAGAAUUGAAAGAAAUAAACCAAAAGGACAUAUUAGAAAGUAAUUCAGUAUCGGUAAAAAAAGAGAAUGAAGAGAGUAAGAAUAAUACUUUGGAACAUGGUAUGGAUACCAAAGAAAAUGUCGAAGUUAAACUGGAGCCGAUCAACACUAAGCCAUUAGAUGAGAUGGAUGAUGUUUCAUUCAAUUUUGAGCGUUUGCAACCACUGGCUUGUCUGCAAGUUGGUGAACGUAAACAGCGCUUGGAUCGGCAAAUGCUAAUAUCGAAUGCAUGUGGAAGUCACAGUCGAGCUUUAAGCGCCCGCCAAGAUUUAAAAUUACGAAGGCAGUUAUGCAAUUUACCACCACGUGAUUGUGAUUUAUCCAAACCGCCGCCUACAAAUGCUAAAAUAAAAUCAUUGGCUAUAGCAGCUUUUCAACGUACAUUAGAAGUAAAAUAAAAAUGAAUACACUUUGCAUAUGACAACAAUCCUCUAUACAC